AUGGCCGACGAAGACCGCCGCGCAAAGCGCUCUCGCUUUGACCAAACUGAGCCUGAGCCCCGGCGCUCCCGAUUCGACCGCCGCUCGCGAUCCCCCUCCGCCAGACAAUCGGAAUCAACUCGCACACGGAGUCCACUGAGCCGUGAACCUCGUAGUCCCGCCGGAAAUGGAUCCGGCAAGGACUCUCCUGCUGAUCCCGCUGCUGCAGCUGCUGCCGCCGCGGCCAGAAUCAAUGCGCAGUUGCAGGCCAAGAAGGGAAUUCAGCACGUUGAUGUUCCUCCUAUUCGUUCGACCGCAAGCCCUGGGAUGCCAUCCGACUCCCCCUCGAACCAGGAUGGCUCUGACAAGCCCAAUCCUGAAGUCUAUGUGGCAGACGGAGAUUACAUCAAGGAUAUUGAGAUCAAUGAUUUGCGCAAUCGCUACACCCUGACGAAGGGCUCUACUCAGAAGAUGAUUAAAGAUGAGACUGGCGCCGAUGUCACCACCCGAGGGAAUUACUACCCGGACAAGAACAUGGCAACGGCCGCGAAACCUCCUCUGUAUCUUCAUGUGACCAGCACUAGCAAGGAAGGUCUCGACAAGGCGAUCGAGAUCAUCGAUGACAUGAUGAAGAAAGAACUCCCAAACUUGGUUGAUGAACGACGAUUCCGCCGACCCCAACGGGAGGAAGUUGAGAGAGACGAAUAUGGCCGCCGCAAAUGGCCCGAUGAGCGCAUUCCGAUUGAUCUUGAGCCCAUCCCCGGAUUUAACCUUCGCGCACAGGUUGUCGGCCAGGGUGGCGCGUAUGUAAAGCAUAUCCAGUCAACCACCGGUUGCCGAGUUCAGAUUAAGGGUCGGAACUCAGGCUUUAUUGAGAACUCUACUGGUCGCGAAAGUGAUGAGCCCAUGUUUCUGCACGUCGCUGGCCCAGACCCCGCUCAAGUCCAGAAAGCCAAAGAGCUCUGCGAAGAUCUUCUCAGCAACGUCCGACAGGCUUACCAGAACCACAAGGAUAAUCCCCCACAGCACAGAUACGGUGGAUACGGCGGUGACCGCGGUGACCGUGGCGAUCGUGGUGACCGAUACCAAGGCGGCGGUGGCCGCGGAGGAUAUGGUGGCUACGACCGUCGCGACGGUCGUAACCGGCAGUCUCCCGGCGCAUCAGCCAGCCCGACUGGCCAGGGCGCCGCUGCACCUGGAAAUGCCGCUGACUAUGCCGCCCAGUAUGCUGCCCAAUACUAUGGUGCUGAUCCUUACGCCGCCUACGGUGGAUAUCAGAACUACGUCGCAUACUAUCAGUACUACCAGCAGUAUGCCGCCGCUCAGCAGCAGCAACAGUCCGAAAGCCCUGCUCCUCCCCCUCCCGCGGGCGAGGCGCCCCCUCCUCCUCCCCCUGGCUCUGGGUCUCCCCCUCCCCCUCCCGGUGCUGGGCCUCCCGGUGCUGGCAGCUACGGCGCGGUUCCACCGCCCCCCGGUCUUUAG